AUGCAUGAGAGAUCGGCCCGUCAUCAGCAUCAACAAAAUUACACCACGUACUGCGGCGAUGCUGAUGAGAACAAAGUAGGUGGCUGCGCAAUGGCUGUAAGAAACGAUUACAAAUACCUGGUGGAGGAAUUUGGCUCAACGUUGUCUAAAUUCACCUUUGUACGACUGCAGGAUCGCAGAGGGCGUAAACUCUGGAUCGUAAGUGCUCAAGCACCCACGGAAACCGCUGAGGACAAUAGUAAGGAUGCCUUCUAUGAUGAACUCAAUGCGUUGAUGUCUAAAAUACCAAGCCAGCAGGUGGUCUUUGUCGCAUUCGACGCAAAUGCGAAGAUGGGGCUCGAAGAGCAAUCCGAUGUGCCAGGAAGAUGGUGUCAUCCAGCAGAGUGCACGUUGGACAACGCAGAAAGCAGCGAAGAGGAGCAACGCAAGCGGAAGACGAGAACUCUCGAACUUCAACUCGACUACUUUCUUGCGAGGAACAUUCCUCAGUCAGAUAUCCGAAAAUCUAAGGCUGUUUGGGACAUCGCGUUCGACUCUGACCACCGUCCAGUUCUUCUCAGCUUCAAGAUACGGUUCCACAAGAGAAACCGAGGAGGUCCUCUUCAACAGAAAAUCGACAUGGCAGGUCUGAAAGACGAAGAAUGCAGAACGAAAUUCCGCUAA